AUGGAAGUAUUACUCUCUAGCCUUGAAGAGUCAUCUUUUGAAUGGAAACUGCCAUUAAUAAGCACCAUUCUGGUAACCCUAAUAGCCCUUCUUGCUGGGUCCAUCAAAUUAAAGUUUUCUCCACCUGUAGACAAGAAGCUUCCAUCCGGGUCCUUAGGGUUUCCAUUCAUAGGAGAAACCAUAAGCUUUCUUAGGGCGCAGAGGCAGGACAAGACUGUAGAAUGGAUCGAAAGCCGUAUCGCCAAGUAUGGACCAGUGUUCAAGACCUCACUGAUGGGCUCAAAGGUAGUGGUUUUAACUGGCCAAGCUGGUAAUCGCUUUCUCUUCAGUGGAAGUGACAAUGGCAUUCUGAGCAACCAGCCGAUGUCCGUAGCAAAGAUUCUUGGAAAGCACAGCAUCUUUGAGCUUGCAGGGACAAGGCACAAGCUUGUGAGAGGUGCAAUCAUGAAUUUUUUGAAACCAGAAAGCAUUCAAAGGUCAGUGAGCAGGAUGGAUUCUGUAGUCCAGCAACAACUAUUUCAGGAGCUGGAAGGGAAGGAUUCAGUACAGAUGGUUGGGUUGAUGAAGAAGAUAACGUUCAAGGUGACUUGCAGCCUACUUUUUGGAUUACCAGAUGGGAAAGAGACAGAAGAACUUUUGGAGGAUUUUACCACUGCCCUCAAAGGAGCUUGGACAGUUCCUUGGGAUCUACCGGGGACGGUCUUUCGCAAAGCCUUGCAAGCAAGAGGGAGGAUAUGUAAGCAGCUAGCUGAACUUGUACGAGAGAGGAAGGCAAAAAUUGAAGAAGGAAGAGUGGACUCCCAUGAAGAUAUCAUCUCUAGCCUUAUCACUCUGAGACAAGAAAAUGGCCAGCCUUUAUCGGAAGAGGAGAUCAUUGACAACUUGAUCUCGGUGGUUAUUGCAAGCCAUGAUACGUCUACAGUACUCCUGGGACUCCUCAUAAGGCACCUUGCAAGGGACACUGAGGUUUGCAAGAAGGUGCUUGAAGAGCAAAAACAAGUUGCAAAGGCCAAAGAAGGAAAAGGCAAUGGAAAGCUUACAUGGGGUGAAGUACAAAUGAUGAAAUAUACAUGGAGAGUGGCUCAAGAGCUCAUGAGGAUGACUCCUCCAGUUCUUGGAAACUUCAAAUGUGCUUGGAGAGACACCACUUUUGGUGGCUUUGAUAUCCCCAAAGGAUGGCAAGUAUUUUGGGUGGCUCCUGGCACACACAUGGACAAGAAAGUUUUUGAAGAGCCAGAGAAGUUUGAUCCAUCAAGAUUUGAGAACCCUUCAACAUCAGUCCCCCCAUACGCAUACUUAGCUUUUGGAGCAGGCCCACGAGCUUGCCCUGGUGCAGAUUUUUCUCGGGUUGAAGUGCUGCUCAUGAUCCAUAAUUUGAUAACAAAAUAUCACUGGGCAGAAAUGAUCAUUGAUGAACCUAUUGUACGUGAGCCCAUGCCCUACCCAGCCAUGGGCCUUCCUGUCAAGCUUUACCAAAGAAGUACUACAUAA